GAAUCAGGACAUUUCAUCAUCCGGAGCCGCUUCGGAGUCAUCUCACCCUGCCCCAGUGACUCCUCGCUGGCCUGGGGCUGGGGACACAUCCAGCCUCUUCGCCAGGAGGAGGAGUGGUUGCUGCAGCCUCACCCCCAAACUGGCAGCCUUUGAUUUCAAAAUCAAAUGAUAAAACAAGAGGAAAAACCCUUCCUGCCCGCAGGGGCUGUUUUCUCCCCAGCCGAGUGCAGCAGCUCAGGGUGCUCCAGUGGGGGAACCGGGGGUGACCCCGCUUGCCACCCUGGGGAGGGGGCGCAGUGGCACAGGGCAGCACGAUGGGGUCUCAGGGCAAUGCGUGGGUGUCCCCAACUCCCCACCACCACUGUGACCCCUGGGGGGCUGUGGCCCCUGUUCCCCAGGCAGGACCCCUGUCCCUCCCCAGGGACCCAGGCGUCCCUUCACCCUCCCACUUGACCUCACCUCCUGGCCAUAAAUGGAGAGAAUUGAGAGCCCGUCCCCGGGGUGGAGGAGGAGGAGAAAAAAGGAGAAUAAUGCCAAGAAUGCAGGACACAAGGAAGGAGCCCAGUCCCAGCCAGGGCUGUGGGGCUGCCCUGGGUGGCAACUCCCAGCCCCGUCAGCCACUCUAUUUUCGUUUCUCUUUCUCUGCAUUUCUCACCAGCUGGGGACUUCCCAAGGCUGAGCUGCCCUAUUUCCACCUCAGCCAUAUGGAGCAGCCCCAGGGUGCAGAACAGUGCCUCUUACCACCCCAGAGUGUCCCUUUGCAGGUGUCCCCUGCAAAGCCAUCACCUGCAAUGUGUCCCUGUGCAGAUGAUCCCCUCCCUUGCAUUGGCAUCCCCUCACAGCAAUGUGUCCCCCCGCACAGACAUGGCCCCCUGUAUCCUCUCUCCUCUUCAUCCCAGUGCCUGCAGGAUCACCAUGCUGGGAUGGACACGGGACAGAGAGGUGGCCUCGAAGGUGGGUGGCACAGAGGAUGCCAGCAGCUGUGCCUCUGGCUGGCAUCACAAGCCAGGCCUCCGCUUGGGGCCAGAGUCCAGCUCCUUAAAAUAGAAAGUGAAAACAUUUGGGUGCCCCAUCAGGAAAGGGAAAGGGGGGGCUUCCAUCUCCGCCUUCACCAGCCACAUGCCAUCCUGGCGUCUCGCCACCCACACUGCUCCCCAGCCACCCUGUCCCCAAGCUGGCGGUGCCCAGCCCCAAGGUCAGGGUGGAUCCCUUUGGGUUCUCUCGGAGAAUUGCUCCAGCGGCUCGCUCAAAUCCUCCUUAAAAGGAAAAACAGCCGGCAGGUAGCACUGCCAAACUUAGUCAUCCCCAGUCCAGCAGUGCUCGCAGCUCCGUCAGCAGCAAUUUCCUCCCUGCGUUCCCCUCAGUGCGGGGGGGACAGGGAGGAGCAGUUCUGCCUCAGCAAACACCCUACCACAAGCACCCUGCGCCGGCCACGACACACUGGGCUUGGCUCAGGGCUGCUGCUGGACUCACUGGCCUUGGGGAGAUGCUGCCAUGGUCCCACACAAGAUCCAGGAGGGAAAUGCACAUCCUGGGCCAGUUCCCCACGCAGCACAGAAGACCCGACCCUGAACCCUCAGCUGGCAGCUUCACUUGGGAAGCGAGAUCCCCUGUCCUGGCCACGCACAGCUGGCAUCGGCUGCUACGAGGCUUUUGCAGGCAGCGUACUCACCCUGGUAAAUGAUUCACCCCAGUGAUAAAAGACUGGGGAAAUGUUCUGGUGACGUCCUGCAGCAUCAAAGGCGUGUACAGUGCCACAGGGUGUGUGGCAUCCUGGUGGUGAAAGGUGCCCCUGGGCUUCUUUGGUGUAGUUCAUGCUUUUCUAGGGCAGUCUUCCUGCACGCUUUGAUGAAGGGUGAGCAGGUUGGUGCUGGGGCCAGGUCCCCGUCCUCCCCCAGGUCCCACCAGCCACAGAGAGCAGCGGUGGGGAUGAUGCUGAGCUCAUCGUGUGCGAUGGGAGACUGGGGGACCCAUAGCCUUUCCUGUCCCUGAGCUGGGUACCACAAUCUGGAUCAGGCACAAACAGUUAAACCAGCACUGUGUGAAAUCACAGCUCAAGACAAACCAGUCCAAGCCAUCAGGUUGGAGCCUGCCGUCGGCAGCACCGAGCCUCCAGCUUCACCAGUGGGGAAUCAGCUGGUGCUGGGGCACCAGGUUACCCUCGCUGUGCUGCUCACCCCCACCCUGAGCUCAAAUCCUGCAGCACCAGCAGCCAGACCGCUGCAGAGCCCCGCUUUGUGUUCACAAGCGAUGCACGUAAGCCAAGGACCCGAUUCUGGAGAGACGCAACCUCCCCACAGGGCUCAGCGAUACCCUGUCCCCGUGGCACUGGAGAAGCUGGAGGGGACCCAGCAACGCCUCUGCGCUCUCUCCCCUCGGCAGCUUUGUCGUCUCUCCACGUUGUCCACCUCGCCAAGCGUUUCCACAGGCUGCAGCCCCCGCCGGAGCCGCUGCAGAGCUCGGCAGGGCUGCUGGGGGGCAGUGUUGGGAUGCUCACCGCGCCGAGCUGCGCCGCGGCCCGCACCGCGACCCGCACCGGGGAUCACCCACGGCACGCUGCAGAGUGGUUUGAGUUGGAAGGGACCUUAAAGAUCAUCCAGUUCAACCCCCCUGCCAUGGGCAGGGACACCUCCCACUGGAUCAGGUUGCUCCAAGCCACAUCCAACCUGGCCUUGAACACCUCCAGGGAUGGAGCAUCCACAGCUUCUCUGUUCCAGUGCCUCCUCACUCUCAUUGUUAAGAAUUUCCUCCUUAUGUCUAGAAUAAAUCUUUCCCCUUCUCCACUUUAUGCAGGUCUCCUGCCCGCCACGCCGCACACAUGCCACACUGCGCGUGGAAUGUGGGAUUGUGCACGCCGUGCUGCACACAGCAUCACGCACACCACACAUGGGACCGUGCACGCCCCGAGAUGCGGGCUGCACACAUGCAUCUUGGUGCACAUGAUCCCAACACACUUGAAGUACCGACACGCACGCGGCACAAGGAAUUGCACACAUCAGCGUGCACGCAGCACAAGGAGCCGCACAUGGGAUUGUGUGUACCAAGAUGCAUGCUGCACAUGGCAUUGCACAAACACAAGUGUUGCACAAGGAAAUCAUAGAAUCACAGAAUCACCAGGUUGGAAAAGACCUCUUGGAUCAUCAAGUCCGACUAUUCCUGUCCACCACUAAACCAUGUCCCUGAGCACCUCAUCUACGCGUCUUUUGAAUACCUCCAGGGAUGGGGACUCGACUACCUCCCUGGGCAGCCUCUGCCAAUGCCCCAUAACCCUUUCUGUGAAAUUUUUUUUCCUGAUAUCCAGUCUGAAUGUCCCCUGGUGCAGCUUGAGGCCAUUCUCCCUUGUCCUAUUAUGGAGGUGCAUGCUGUAUGCGGGAUCAUACACACCGAGGUGCAUGUUGCAGGAGGAAUUGCAUGCAUCAAGGUGCAUGCUGCACCAAGAACAAUGCACUGACCAAAAGCCCAUCCAGCUCCAGCCCUCUCCACCACCAUACUGUCCCUGCUGCCCAGCAAAGGCCUUUACUUUGUCCUGCCGAGCGACAGCAGCCCCUGUCCCACUCCCACUCCCUCCACUUACCCUCAGGGUGGCUCUGCAGGGGGGACCCAGGGCCUUCCCAUGGGUGCAGGGAACCCAGUCCCCAGCCCAGUUUCUUGGGUGCAUCCCCAUGCCUGGGACAGAGGAACUGCUCUGCGCCCCCUUGACCCCCAGCCCCACAUCAUCCAGGUUUUUUUCCUCUUCCUCGCCCCCGUGUCCAUCAGGGAAGCUCUUGCACAGCUCAACCCUGGCUGACGAGGGCAGCAGAGGGGACUGGGGAAGGGAUGACCGACACCUUCCCUAAAAGGGGGGCUGCACAGGUGAGCCAGACCAGCCCCUCAUCCCCAGCUUCCCUUCCCAGCCCGAAGCGAGGGGCCUCCCGGCUGCAGCCACCACUGGGCCGGAUGCCCAGACCCAGGGCCCCUACGCUGAGGUUUUGGGUUUCAGCAGCUGCCCCCCCCCGCCCCGCAUUCCUGCCUUCCC